AUGAAUGUGUUAAGCCUUGGGAGCAGACCGGCACCCACUCAGUCCAAACCUCAGGAGAGGGAGCAGUGGGGCAGCAAGAUCGAGUUCAUCCUGGCAGUGGCUGGACACAUUGUCGGUCUUGGAAAUGUUUGGAGGUUUCCCUACUUGUGCUACAAAAAUGGAGGAGGGGUUUUCUUCAUACCUUAUGUUUUGUUUUUGUUCACCUGCGGCAUCCCACUGUUCUUCCUGGAGACGUCAUUGGGCCAGUACACCAGCCAAGGUGGGAUAACAUGCUGGAGGAAAAUCUGCCCUCUAUUUGAAGGUUUGGGUUAUGGAAGCCAAGUGGUUGUUUUAUACACGGGGGUCUACUAUAUAAUCAUACUGGCUUGGACAUUUCUCUACCUGUUUUCAUCCUUCAGCUCUGAACUCCCCUGGGCCAGCUGUCACAACACCUGGAACACAGAUGGUUGUUUUGAGUACAGUCAAAAUCAGACGUCUCCCCCAAACCUGUAUGGAAUCAGCACGUCUUCAGUCGUAGAGUUUUGGGAGAGGAGAAUCUUGGGGCUGUCGAGUGGAAUUGACAACAUUGGCAGUGUUCGCUGGGACCUGGCUCUCUGUUUACUUCUUGCCUGGGUGCUGUGUUACUUUUGUGUCUGGAAUGGAGUAAAGUCCACAGGAAAGGUGGUCUACUUCACUGCGACAUUUCCUUAUGUGAUGCUGGUGGUGCUGCUUGUUCGUGGCCUGACGUUACCAGGAGCCAAAGAUGGAGUUAUGUUCUACCUUUACCCAGACCCCUCCCGCCUCACCGAUCCAGAGGUGUGGAUGGAUGCUGGCAGCCAAAUCUUUUACUCAUAUGGAGUUUGCACAGGUGUUUUGACAUCUUUAGGAAGCUAUAACAAGUACACCAACAACUGCUAUAGAGACUGUGUUUACCUGUGCCUGUUAAACAGUUUAACCAGCUUUGUGGCUGGCUUCGCCAUCUUCUCUGUGCUUGGUUUUAUGGCGAAAGAACAAGGUGUUGACAUAUCAAUGGUGGCUGAAUCAGGUCCUGGCUUGGCCUUCAUAGCGUAUCCUCGUGCUGUGGCUCUGAUGCCUCUUCCCCAGCUCUGGGCCAUUUCCUUCUUUAUCAUGAUCAUCUUUUUAGGAUUAGAUAGUGAGUUUGUAUAUCAAGAGGCGUUGGUCACAACCAUCUCUGACAUGUAUCCUGCCUUCUUUCAAAACCAAUGUCGCCGCAAAGUCCUUCUUCUCGCUAUUUCUGUUGGAAGUUUCUUAGUUGGUCUUCUAAUGGUAACAGAGGGAGGUCUUUAUAUUUUCCAGCUCUUUGACUACUAUGCCUGUAGUGGCAUGACACUGCUACUUUUUGCUGUUCUUCAGUCUGUCUGUGUUGGAUGGGUUUAUGGUGCUGAUCGUCAUUAUGAUAAUAUAAAGGAUAUGAUUGGAUACCGGCCGUGGCCUUACAUGAAAUACUGUUGGCAAUACUUCACACCUGUCAUCUGCACUGGCACAUUUUUGUUCUCUAUUAUCAAAUAUACGCCACUCAAAUUCAACAACACAUAUGAGUACCCCUGGUGGGGCUAUACCAUCGGAGGCUUCUUUACUCUCUCUUCAACACUUCUGGUUCCUCUUUGGAUGCUGUACGCUGUGUGUGUCACUCCAGGAACACUCCGACAGAGACUAAAAGUCCUGUGCACUCCAGCAAAUGCAGCAACUUUAAAAAAGGCAACAAACAAAGAAGCAUUUCAGACUUUCACAGACUUGUACACCCUGCGGCUUACAGACAGCAAUGAUGCCACAGGAAGCAGAGUGCACGGAUUCAUUAUUUAA